GCAUCAGAAUCAGUUCAGCUCUACUCAACAAUUAAAGUAAUCAAAUUUUCGAAAGUAAAAAUGAAAUCCUUCACUUGCUUGGCACUGUUGGCUAGUAUCAUCGCGGCCGUUAGCUGUGCGCCACAAUUCGGUUUCGGUGCUUCCGGUUCGGCUGCCAAUGCUGGUGCCCAAUCGUUCAACCAGGGCGGCGGUUUUGGACCAGGCUUCGGUGGUGGUUUUGGUGGAAUGUCCGGAUCGGCUGCUAGCGCUGGAUCACAAUCGUUCACACAGGGUGGCUUCACUCCAUACGGUGGCUUCAGUGGUUCUGCUGCAAACGCUGGAGCGCAGAGCUUCACCCAGGGAGGAGGUUUCGGACCCGGAUUCGGAGGAAUGAGCGGAUCGGCGGCCAACGCUGGAUCUCAAUCGUUUAGCGGUUAAGCUGCUGUAACCGAAAGUCAUUAUCAAAUUAGGAGCGAUUUUUAGAGUGCCGGAACAAUACGUCGAAUUAGUUUCAGUCAAUAUAUUUUUUACGAAUCAAAAA